AUGUCCCGAACCCUGCUGGCCCGCGAGGCCAACCAGGCACGGCUGCUGGCGGCGUAUGCGCAAGAGUUUAUGGGGAGGAGCCUGGCGGCCGACAUCCCGCGAGCCGUGCAGGAACGGACCAAGCUCUUUCUCAUGGACUCGCUGGCCUGCGGCCUCAGCGCCGUCAAGCGCAACUACCCCAGCCUACAGGUGCUGCAGGAGGAGGCCUUGGCCUACACACUGGCCCCGCCUGCACCCAUCCCAGGCUACACCAAGCUGCCCUGGUCCGUGCCCACUGCCACCGUGCUGGGCACCACCGCCGUUGUGCCCCUGGAGAAGGCCGUCCUCUUCAACUGCGCCGCCGUUCGCGAGCUGGAUGCCAACGGCACCGUCUUUGGCUUUGACCCCCGCCACCCAACCGACCGCAACGCCGGCGAAUUUGGUCACAACGACUUUUAUCCCGUCGUGCUGGCCUCCGCUGAAGCCCACCAGCUAGACGGCGAGACCGCCCUCAAGGCCAUGAUCCUUCACGAUGAAAUUCGAGGGCGCCUCUGCGAGAGCUUUAGCCUUCAAUCCCACCGCAUCGAUCACGUCUUGCACGGCGGCAUUGCCACCUGCGCCGUCUAUGGCGCCCUCCUGGACUGCACCGAGAAGCAGAUUGAAUCUGCCAUCAGCCUCCUCGUUUCUCACUACGUCCCUUGGCGCUCCAUCCGGGCAGGCCACCAACUCAACGAUUCCAAGGGCUGCAGCGCCGCCUUUACCACCGAAAUGGCCGUCCAAUCCGUUCAUCGCGCUGCCCUGGGCUUUGAGGGCCCCGCUGACAUCUUCCGCAACCCGGCCAGCCUCUUCCGCGUCUUUGAGCCCCAGUCGGAUGGCCAGAGCCCCUUUGACCUCUUUCUGGCCGACCCCAGCCCCACCGCUACCCCCGAAGACUUUGCCAUCACCAACAUGCAUUUCAAGCUUGGCCUCUACGAGCACCAGAGUGCGGGUGCCGUCCACGCCCUCUUGGCCCUCUUGGCCGAGGAGCCCGGAUUGCAGGCCAGCGCCAUUCGCGGUAUCACCGUCGCCAUUUACGACCCGGCCUACGGCAUAAUCUGCGACCCAGCCAAAUGGGCACCCACCACACGCCAGUCUGCCGACCACUCCCUCCCCUAUAUUCUGGCCCGCCUCCUCGUCAAAGCCCGCGCCGCCGAGCGCGCGGGCCAGUCCACCGACCACGACCUCGUGGGCCUCUGGGAGGACCUCAUGCUCACCCCGGAAGACUACAAUGCCGAGGCUCUGGAAGACUAUGCCACACGCGAGUGCAUUAGCCAGGUCCGGGUUGAGCACGACCCGGCUCUAGAUGCCCACUACCCGGCCGGCAUCCCCACCCGUGUCAUUGUAGACCUGGCUGACGGUCGGCAGCUCACUCGCACCGUGCACGCCCCCCUGGGUCAUGCCGCCUACCCGGACGAGGCUGCCUGUCUUCGUCUCUUGACGCACAAGAUGAAAACCUUCCUCGAUGAUCCCGACACGCUAGAGCGCGUCCAGCGUGCCGCCCGCCUGGAGGAGCUUCAGUUGGAAGACAUGCACACCUUUGUGGCCGACUUGCAAGCAUCCAUCCCCGAUGUGAACGAUGCUCAGGAGCCAGGCUCGGUAUGA